CGGCGCGGCGAAGCGGCUCGGGGCGCCGUCGCGAUAGGAGCGGGGCUGCCGGGUUGGCGGGGCGUGUGGGCGGGGCCGAUCGCGACAGGAAUGAGGCCUGCGGCCCCGUGAGGGCUGUCGCGACAGGAAUCCCUGGGGGAGCGGUGUGCGCCGGCCUGGUGGCCUAUCGCGACAUAAGGGUCAGCUGCGAGCCGUUGCGGCAGCAGCGGGGUCCUCGUUGGCACUGAGGUGCUUCGGCGGGUAUCGCCGUCACGGCGGGAGUCUUAUCCACGCAGCCGGUCGCGCGCCGUGGCCUCCCGUCGUGGCUAUCGCGACAGCAGCCGGGCCAAUGGAGGCGGACGGAGCCGUGGAUAUGGGCGCGCUGCGGGCGGAGCUGCGGGCGGCGCUGGAGGCCGACGAGAGGCGCGAGAGGGAGAACAGCGCCAAGCUGCGCGCCGUGCGGCAGCGCGUGGGGUCCUACGAGCAGUUCAGGGACAUCGUGCUGGCGUCACACCUGAGGCCUCUGGAGAAGAAGGACAAGAUGGGGAACAAGAGAAACGUGCUGUGGAACCCCUGUGCAGGCCACAGCAGGGGCCAGCAAGCCGCAGAGGUGGAGAUACCACAGGAGCUGGAGCAAUUGCCUGGAACCUCUGCCGAAUUUUACAGAGAUUGGCGCAGGUGCUUAAAAAGUGGAAAAGAAAAAUACCAGCUUUUGCUUAAACUGGAGGGGAAGGCCUUGAGCAGAAUCUUCCAGGCCGAGUUGGGUUUUGGCCUCCUGGGUGAGUUCCUUACCGUGCUGGCAGAGAACGUCUGCCAUGAAGACAGAGAUGCUGUCCUUCAGAUCUUACAGAGCCUUUCCGGCACCAAACGCUUUGGGUUAAACCUGGAUCUUCUGAGCACAUCAGAAAAAGAGAGCACCAGGGAUCUGUUUAAGAAGCUGCAGAGCAUGAGUGGGGGUUGUUGGACCCCUGGCCAUCCCUGUGGCAAAGCAGAGGGGGAAGCCCACCCCGCCGACACCAUCUUGCAGAAGGAAGCCGAGGAAAGGAGAGUGAUUGAGCUGAUGAGAUGCUACCAGGCCAGCUGAAGGAGCAGCAGUGGUUCUGCCAAAUAAAGGUUAGCAGCAGA